UAUGUUUAAUCUUCUCCAGCCGCCGUAAUGUGUACAAUGUCUGCCACAUAACAUUAUCUGAGUCAUAUUUAGCCUACUAUUUUGCAAUGGCACGUGUUGCUUUUAUCUUUUUGGGUUCCCCCACAUUUUGAAACGUUCUUAUAUUAUUAGCACCAGGUUCUUAAUUCAACAUCAUACGACAGUUUAAGAUUCACCCAAUAAUCUCUCAAGGUUGUGACAUUUGAUAGCUAGCUAGCAUUAGCUGUCGUUUGCUAGUAACGUUAACACACCGGGUUCACAUUUUGUUGUAUUUGUAUAAACGAUAUUGGAGUGUAUUGGUAAUGCUAACAAAUAGAGUUAUCCUGGUUCAAGUAAAAAAUAUUUUACAAUGGACCAGGCAAGUCAGGCGGACCUGUGGUUGGCCUGGAUCGUGGGGCAACCAAACGUCUUUCUGGCACCCACUGUCCAAGAAACCAUUUUCCACAACUUGCGGAUUGUGUGGAAAAACCCGUAGGAUUCAGAAAAAGACCGACAUAUCUGAGAAAAAGCUGACACGCUACUUUGUGGAUUACCGUAGGGUGAGGUUUGUUGCUGGUUCAGGGGGCAAAGGGGCUUGCGCAUUCCACAGUGAACCAAGGAAGGAGUGGGGAGGACCUGAUGGAGGCAACGGAGGUGAUGGUGGGAGUGUCAUCCUCAAAGUAAACACACAGGUGAAGUCCCUGUCAACAGUAUCGGCUGUAUACUUAGGUGUGGAUGGAGAAGCCGGAGGCAGUAAAAACUGUUACGGGCGCAAUGGAAAAGCCACUUACAUCCCAGUGCCAGCUGGUACUAUCGUGAGAGAGAUGGGGAAAAUAGUGGCUGACCUGUCAACGCAUGGUCAGGAGUUUGUGGCGGUUCAUGGAGGGGCAGGGGGGAAGGGCAACCGCUUCUUCCUGUCCAAUGAGAACCGCGCGCCCAUGACUGCCACACCUGGGGAGCAGGGUCAAGAACGAGUUUUGCAGCUGGAGCUGCGCACCAUGGCCCAUGCUGGACUGGUCGGGUUUCCAAAUGCUGGGAAGUCCUCCCUGCUCAGGGCCAUCUCCAACGCCAAGCCAGCAGUGGCAGCCUACCCUUUCACCACACUCAACCCUCACGUAGGGAUAGUCCAGUACAGAGACCACGAACAGGUGGCAGUGGCAGACAUCCCAGGCUUGAUCCAUGGCGCUCACCUGAACCGUGGCCUGGGCGUGUCCUUCCUGCGGCACAUCGAACGCUGUCGUGUCCUGCUCUUUGUUCUGGACCUCUCCGAGCCCGAGCCCUGGGCACAGCUGGAGCACCUGCGCUUUGAGCUGGACCAGUAUGAACCGGGCCUCUCCCAGCGACCCCAGGUCAUUGUGGCCAACAAACUGGACCUUCCCCAGGCACAGACGAACCUGGAGGCCCUCAGGGCACAGGUCCCCCAAAGGGUGAUCCCUGUGUCGGCUCUGACGGGCCAGAACACGGAGGAGCUGAUCUUGCACCUCCGAGAGCUGUACGAUGGCUACCUGCAGACAGGAAGUGGUUCCAGCGGGCAGCGGCCUCUUACGUGGUAGCUGGGCUGGGUCAAGGCACAGACAUGGGCAAAACGUGAACAUGAGGUCCCUAUAAACUGAACAGCUCACACUACCUGUGGUUACUCCUAAUCUUACAAUCAGUGUACAUCACUCAGGUGUGAUGGAUGAACUGUGUGGAGGCAUGCUAAAUGGCUGAGCUGUACUGAAGGUCAUUGUAUCUGUGAGUGUGUGGGCACUUGUGCUUCUCAACAGCAGUGCUGAUCCCUGAUUAGUUCCUGUUUAUCUGUUAAAUGGAUGGUAGAUGACUUCAAAAAAAAUAGAGCAAGCAAUGCAUGUUUCUAUCCAUCAGUAGACACUCUGGUUUCAGUCUAUUCCCACAAAUGAAUGUCGUUACUUGCCAUGGACUACAGCACUGUUCUAUUGUUUGUAUGGACUAGAGAUGUUUUGAGGCUGAAAGCUGUAUAAUUAAAUAUUUAACAAAUAAAUGUAUAUAUUUUAUGCA